AUGCAGAGCCGAUAUUCAACCUCGCGGUUUUUUAACUCCAUUGCGACUCCUGUUUCUCUUAAUGAUCCAUGUAAAAACUUAAAGAGAUUCGCCAAGUCUCACAUCGUACUUUCUCACGGGAGUCCUCGUUUUUUCGACUGGACGGCGUUCAAAGAGUCAAUAGAUCGUCUUCCGGGAACUGCCAUCGUCGUCAAUACGUUUGAUACCACGACUAUUCAUCAAAAUUACUUAACGGAGUCAACGACUGACGAUAAGGUUACUCAACACGUCAAGACCGUCUUGGGAGGCCCUAUCGACAAACGGACACUGCGACAUGACCUUGAUCUGCUCAUCUCGCACUCUAAAAAUAGCGCCCCAAACGGAGCUACGGCUCUUACCCACGAACUGCCCGCCUUUACCUGCGUCUCUACAGGGAUAAUUGUUGUUGAACCAAGUACUGAUACAAGGUUCAAUGCACUGAUCAUGACUAUAGAUUCCAGACCAGAGCAUGCAGGUGCGCCUAAGAAUCUCUGGAGGAAUCGACAGGGGUUCACAACUUCCGGGAGCUGGAAUCUUGUGGAGGAUAUCACCGAGAUGCGUCUCAGCGUCGAGUUGUCCUUCUAUGCAUCAAAAUCAAUACUAAGAUCAGAUAGCUAUUUGCCGCCCCCAGACUAUGCGUCAUUAGGACUAGACCACCACGCAAUUAAACGGAGGAAUAAUACAUCACCGGAGGAGGAGCUUGCAACAAGAGAAGCGCACUUCAUGCCAGCACUGGUGAAUCAUAUACAUCAUGACGGCGCAUCAAGUUUCUCAAAUGCGACGAAUAUUCCCGUGAGCACGAAAGCUCUGCCUCCAGCCCCCAGAGGUGUAUCAGCAUCAGUACCACCGAGAGUAGCGCCUUCAGUAGUGGCAAUGGGUACCCCCGAAGCAAAAAUGAGGACUCCAGUACCAGCACACCCAUCAAAGUCUUCUAAGCAUGAAACCGUGGUAAGCAGACAGGCGUCCUCAGUAGCCGUACCUAGCACUUCGGCUUCAUCUACCGCCAAAUGGGAGGUGGUUCGGGCUCCUCCUGCCGCGCCCUCAAAUAUACCUUCAAUGAUGCAAAUCGCAUCUACAGUGCCAGCGUCAGCGUGGGUAGCGCCCCCAGAGGUAACAAUGGGGGCACCCGAAGCAAAAAGGAUGGCCAUGACACCAAUACGUUCCCCGACGACACCCGGGUAUGAAACUGUGGCGACCAAACAUACAUUCACAGCCGCGCCUAAUACUCCGGCCUCGUCUACAGCUCCGUCGGAGGUAGCCCGCGCUCCAUCCGCUGCAACCUCAAAUACGCCUUCAAUGAUGCAAACCACGUUGACUGCGCUGAAACCGGUCCUAACGGCAGUACGCUUUGUGACUUCUACCGGGCGAACUGAACCCAUGGGGCAGAGAAAUCAAUCAAGGGAUAGCGUGACUGGACAAAAGGUAGCAAAAACUCAAGUCCUGAAAGGGGAUAGAUUCUCACUCCUCGCGGAUGGCGUAGAUGACCUGAUGGGCCAGAACCUCGCCUAUCAAAGAAACUAA